GUAGAACGCGCGUUAUGUGGUUUGGACGCUUCUGAACGGGAUAGACUUGCAUUAACCUAAAUUCUAGGUGAGUUUGGUAAUAUUUGCCUAUUUUAUAGGCUUUUAAUAUGCUUAAAUUCAUUCCGCUAAUGGAUUUCAAGCAAAAUUAUGACAUUCUGUCAAAAGCUUGCGCAUAUCUGUUAUCACUAUCCAUUUCCUUUACACGACGAUACCGGAGAACUAAUUUGUGAAAGGUUCAACUCCAUUCACAGCAGUAAAAAAGUCUUAACACAUCGCAUACUACAAACAACGUAUAAUUAGUUAGUCCCAGCAAUACUCCUUUUGGAGUCAACCAAAGCUACAGUCGAGUGGCGGGACGAACUACGCAGAAGUUUACCGAAGACCAGGAACCUUUGCCUCACAAUCAAGACGCGAGCACAAAGAGAUCAAAUUGGUUCAUACUAGCUCGUAAAAGCGAUAUCGGAUGCCAAAGACCUGAAACCCAGUUAUACCCAAGCAUUUUAUUCUUAGGUUAUUUAAAUCACGUUUAUCUAAUGAGUGUUAUAUUCCCUGUAAAGACAAGCAAACGUUUAUUCAGACGCACUGUUGUGCAUACUUUUGAUGUAUACAUAAUUAGUAUGUUUGAAACCUUAUUUCCAACUCCAACGAUUUUAUCUGUAGAAGUGCAUCAUAAUUUCUCAAAACUUUCUACUAAUUGUUUGGAUUUAUCCUUGGUCAUUUGUCGUUGGCGUGUGACAUUUUGGUCCGUCCAGAUGAACUCGUUUAAUGACCAAGCAUGUGCUUUGUGUGGAAAAGUUGUUUCUACCAAACACGGUAUGGCUAGACAUUUGAAAAUUGUUCAUGAAGGUCUUGAGGAGUGUAAGUGUGACUCAUGUGGCCGGAAAUUUACAACCAAGUUCGCUCUUCAUCGUCAUAUUCGUAGAGUUCAUGAAGGAAUAUCGGAACUUGUUCUCCCUUGUGCUUGUUGCGGGAAAAAGUUCUCUGCCAAACAUGGCUUAGAACGUCAUAUGCGAUUGAUACAUGAAAGUGCUGAACUGUGCAUUUGUCCACUAUGUAAUCGAAGUUUUUCAACGAAAUUUGCUUUCAAUCGUCAUACCAAAACUGUGCAUUCAGAUUCGAUUAGCCUAUGUUCACCGUGUAAUAUGAUAUUCCCAUCGAAGUUUGCUCUACUGGAACACAACUUGACAGUUCAUAAUACUUCAAAAGUAUUUGCUUGCCAUGAAUGUUUAAAAUGUUUUCCUGAUACGGAGUCACGAAGGAACCACGAGCAAAAUGAACACGCAGUUGGUACGUCCAAUAUGUUUUCGUCAACGACACAGUCAUCAUAA